AUGCUGUUGUUUAAUUUCGCUCUUGUGGCUUUCUCACUGGGAACAGCCGCAAGUGGGCACGAUUCAUCCUCUGCGCACUAUGACUUUGUUAUUGUGGGUGGAGGGACCAGUGGAUUAGUCGUUGCUAACCGACUGUCAGAACUGAACAAUGUCACAGUAGCCGUGAUCGAGGCCGGAGACUCUACAUUGAACAACCUCAAUGUGUCCACUGUCGGGGGCUACGGCAUUGCGUUCGGUACUCAAAUCGAUUGGGCUUACCAGACGAUGAAUCAGACAUAUGCAGGAGGAUUGCAGCAGACAGUCCGAGCUGGUAAGGCUCUUGGUGGCACUAGCACCAUUAAUGGAAUGUCCUAUACUCGGGCUGAAGACGUGCAGAUUGAUAAUUGGGAAGUGGUUGGAAACAAGGGCUGGAACUGGAAAAAUCUGUUCCAAUACUACAAGAAGUCAGAAGGGUUCCAAGUGCCAACCGAGGACCAGGUAGCUCACGGUGCCAACUAUAACGAGAGCUAUCAUGGUUUCAACGGCCCUCUUAAGGUCGGUUGGCCAACAUCCAUGACCAAUAGUAGUGUUUUCCCCAUUCUUCAGCAAACUUUUGAAAGACUAGGCGUUCAGUACAACCCUGAUACUGAUGGCGGUAAGAUGGUUGGAUUCACUGCCCACGCUGAUACUAUUGACCGGGAGAUGAAUGUACGCGAAGAUGCUGCCAGAGCAUACUACUGGCCCUAUGAAGCCCGCUCGAAUUUGAAGAUCAUUUCAAACACGCUCGGGAACAAAAUUAUCUGGGCCAACAACACCCAGGGAGAGGCAGUUGCUGUCGGAGUCGAGGCUACCAACGCUUACGGCACUCAAGUAAUUUAUGCCAAUAAGGAGGUUAUCCUAUCAGCCGGAGCUCUGAGAUCUCCGGCCCUCCUUGAAUUGUCUGGCGUUGGAAACCCCGACGUCCUCGGCAAAUACGGCAUCCCAGUCAAGGUCAACCUUACUACUGUCGGCGAGAACCUGCAGGAUCAGACUAAUAAUGGCCUCGUGUGGGGAGGUGUCGAUAUCCUGACCGGCCUAGCAACUUUCUCUGCCCUUCCCUCCGUGAACCAGUUUUACGGGGACAAUGUCACGGCCUUGGCGUCCUACGUUAAAUCCAAUCUUGCGGGCUACGCCAAGAAUGUCUCCAUCGCCUCGAACGGCGCCGUCAAGGAAUCCGAUCUUCUAGAAGCUUUCAAUCUCCAGUACGAUUUAAUUUUCAAGUCACAGGUUCCAUAUGCGGAGCUUGUUUUCGCACCCAGGGCCCAAUCAUUCGCGGUCGAGUACUGGCCCCUUCUACCAUUUUCGCGUGGCAGUGUCCAUAUCCAAUCCACCGACCCUUCUGUGAUUCCGGCCAUCAACCCCAAUUUCUUCAUGUUUAGUCAAGACGCUGAGGCUCAGGCCACAGUGGCGCAAUACAUCCGCAAAGCUUUGGGAACUUCGCCCCUGAACAGUUUAGUUGCGAAUGAGGUUUCCCCGGGUCUCGAUAGGCUCCCAGUCAAUGCGUCCAGCUCCACCUGGGAUGGCUGGGUUAAAGCAAACUACCGAACCAACUAUCACCCCGUUGGCACCAACAGCAUGCUUCCUCGCGAGAAAGGCGGUGUCGUCAGUCCUGAGCUCAAGGUUUACGGCACUAAGAAUGUUCGAAUAGUUGAUGCUUCGGUCCUGCCAUUCCAGCUUUGCGGCCAUCUGGUGAGCACGUUGUAUGCAGUGGCUGAAAGGGCUUCUGAUAUAAUCAAGGAAAGCCAUCGGAUCUAA